CGAAGGUACGCACAACGUAAAAUAUAACGAGGAAGUGUAACCACGUAAAAACUAUAAUUCUUAACAAAAUAUUUAUGACUUGGCAACUGUUUACCAUUAAAAAUAUCUGCUGUAGUGUCUCAAGGAAUUUUUAGUUGCUGAUCUUUAUAAACCUAUCCUAUCAGUUAUUCUUAGAUUAAACUAAGCUGUUACUAGUAUCACAGUGGUUUACUAAUUUGAUUUUAACUUUCAAAUUAUAUCAUUAAUAUCUCCAAAAGUCAAUAUCCAUUGUUGCUUUUAUAUUGGGAGUUUAUAAAAAUCUGAAGACACCUACACCUAGAGUGCCUCCCUGAGUGCCCGUGGGGCGUUCCUUUUACUGCACAUGUGCGAUCCGUAUUCAGUCCGUAACCUUUUGUAAACUGUUAAAAUAGAAAUCGAUUGCAUUGUUUCUUCAAGUGAAAUAGGUCGACUUCACACAACUAUUACAGUUUUCUAGCGCACCUAAAAGUAUACUUAACCAUGAUAGAAUUAUAAAAAAAUAUAAAAAUGCCUGUGCAAUAUUUGUUGUGGGCGUUUACGAUAACAACGGUUGCGGCAUCUACGCACGUUCACAAUGCGGUGGAAACUGAGAUGUUCGCAAUUCCUAUCAGUCCCAAUUUAUUUAACUGGACUUAUCAAGAAUUCGACCAACAGUACCGUUUCCAUGCGUCGCUGCAAGGCAAACCGGAGCUGCCGUCGUGGCUUAGGUACAUCUACAGCGGAAGACACCAUUCCGGAUUCAUAUUCGGCACUCCACCGCGUAGCACCAAAUCGCCAAUCACGAUCGAAGUUAUUGGUUUGAAUCGGCAAGACUACGAAACACGGCGGGUCCUGCUCUCCCUCUUCGUCAAGCCUAAAGUGAACAUGGCCAGACAUGAGGUCGAAUUGAAGAUUGACAACUUAAACGUAGAAGAUUUGCUUGAUGAACAUCGGAUGACACGUCUUAAAGACAUACUCAAAACGAAACUGUGGGUGGAAAGCAGCCAAGAUCUUUAUACAACAUUUUUAGCUUCAGCAAUCGACCUGGGGGCUCGACUACCUUUGAGGCCUAGCGAUGGCGAAGGGCUGGUAGUACGUCUAGGCAGUUCCGCUCCACUAUCGAAACAACUAGAAUGGCUGCGCGAAGAAGUGAGGCCAUUAGCGCGUUUACCCACCUGCCCGCGAGACUAUAAGCGAACAACAUCCGAGAGACUAUUCAGGGAUGCUGGAUUCACGCUCGACUGGUGCAACUUCCAACUGUACAACACCAUAUACAGGGAACGAUCUACCGAACACGUGGAAUACUUAACCGAAAUACCCAACACUAGUAAAGCUGCGCACUCAGUAAAAUCCACGUGGACCCACGACGUAUGGUCAGCACCGAGCAGGCAUUCGCUACCAGUACGCAGUUACACUCGACACUUGACUGCCGCAGUAGCUGUUCCCUUGCUACUGCUUCUGCUGUCCGUCGCUGCGCUCACUGCUGUACUAUGCUUCCAUUACGCUUCGGUACGGGACUCACAGUCAGAAUAUUUCCUACAAAAUAUAUUUCAUAUUUGCAUUGAUUAUAGAAAUAGAAGAGCCCACAAGUCGAACAAAGUGGAGAUCUGUCGGUACGGAACUGGCAACACUGAUCAGACGCAAGUAGCUGAUAAUACGAGCAACAAGAGUAUCGGUGUGAGCCCCAACAACAGUCUGGUCCGUCCGUCUAGCCCUCGUCGUAACUUGGCUGCCAGCUACAACCGCCCUCAACCACCCCCUUACGCCCGUCCAGCCUCGCCUGCCCGUCGGCUCGCCCUACACGACUCACUGAAACUACUUAAUGAUGCGGAACUGAAUCCAGUGCUAGAUUAUACUGAUGGAGCGGAUGACUAUGUACCCAUUGAUUCGGAAUACGUCGCCAUGAAGGGUUCGCCUGAGAUCGACGUGCCCGACCUUGCUAAGGUGGGGGCGUUAGGCCUCAUGUGACAGGAAGUGUCCGUGGAUGGUCAGCCACCAGUGAAGACCUGGUUUUGUUGAACUUACAACUGUAGUAAUUAUCACCAUUCAAUAACACAUGUUUAGUAGAAAAAUACUUGCCUCUUUACUAAUACCUAGACAUUGUGCUUGUAUAGUAUAACUAGUAAAAGUAAUUUCAUCUCGAACAAAAGAUAUUAAAACUUUAUGAUAUUACAAUAAUUGUUAGUAAAGUUGUUAGUUGAACAUUGUUUGAUAAAGUGUGUCUUCAUGUAGUACCUAUCAACUUAAUAUGUCACCUAACAUUAACCAUCAUUUACUGUCUUAUCGAAAUAGCUUUUUAAUGCGUUUCAAUAAUAAUAAUAUGUGUUUUUUUUAUAUACAAAGUUAGAAAGCUGUUAUAAUGCUGGUGUUCGACAGUAUUUAGAGCACAUAUAAAAUUUUAUGAAAGGAUUGAUAAAUCACUUACUAGAGCAAUAUUAAUUUAUUUAUAAAAUAUUAAUUAGGUAUUUACAAUUAACUACAUUGGGAUCUGACGAAAGUGUAUGUUUUGUUAUAUAAAAUUUAUACUGAAAAUAAUCUUUUAGAUAACUUUAUUUGCCAAUAGUUUUAAUUAAAGCAAUUUUUAAACCAUUGGUACCUUGUGCACACUUGUGGAUUCUAAUUAGUAGUUAAAUAGGUAUCUAACACCUCUGUUAAUUUAUUUAUAGUAAAUAAAAAGUCUGGUAUAAUUUAUCAUAACUAGUCAAAUAUUCUAGUCAAUUGUCUAUACAAUUCUAAUAUAUUUUUCAAUCUUCAAAUAAUAAAAGUACAAAACUUGCCAUAAUUUCGUAAUUAAAUAAAUUCUCGUCAUUUCUUUUUAUUUAUUUGAAGACUGGGAAACUAACAUUUUCAAAAAAUAGCGAAGUGAUACUUUUUUCAUUUAAAUGAAUAAAAUAAUUAUGUACCUAAAAUUUGAGUAUUAUUUAUAAUUAGUCCCCGCCCAGGCUUCGCUUCAAUAUAUACUACAUAGGGAUUAUUUACAACAAUAUAACUAUUAUACGUAUAAAUCUUUCUCUUGAAUCACUAUCUAUUGCUGAAAUCUUCAUUUAAAUCCUCUGCAUAGAUCAAAAGAUC